AUGAGCACACCGCCGCCUAACCCACCUGUACCUCCGUCCGGUCCGCCGGACGACGACAGUUCGACGCAUGGCUCGCCCCGAUCGACUCAUUCAACACCUCGAUCGACGCGAUCGACGGCCUCCCGCCGUGUCGCGGCCUCCCCGGAUGCCGUCCACCGAAUCGCCCGCUUGGAAGAUGAGCUGGCAAGCGCCUACGCUUCCCGAUCGACUAUGAUCCGCGACCGGGCGCACCAGGACGACACCACGGAAGUCAGCGACCUUCAACAGAGUGCCCAGGGUCAGGGUCCGCAGCUGAUCCAAGGCCUCCGGGAUCAGAUAGCCCUGCAAGCCACCGAGAUCCAGGAUCUGGAUCGCCAACUGACACGCGCUCAGGCCAAUCUCGCGACUGCUAACGCCGAUCGGGAUCGACUGGACCACCAGCUCGAUCUCGCCGCGGCGGACAUUUCGGAUCUCCGAUCUCAGGUUUCUGGACAAGAGCGCGAACUAGACGAGGUGAACCACGAGCUAGAUCUUACGCGCGGCAGCCUCGAUCGGGUCCAGACUGCCCUUCAGGUGGCCGAAGCGACCGUGGCCCAGCGAGGUCACGUUGCGGCUGCGGCUACUGUGGCCGUUCCGAACCCGACGCCUCCCACUGGACCCACGCCCGCCCCGGAUCAACUGCAAGCUGCCCUCCACCGGGUAAAUGAGGAGCUGGAUCUGAUGCGUACCGCCCGAGAUACCGCAAGGGACAAAGCCACCGCUGCCGGGAGAGACGUCGAUCAAGCUCAUCAAGACCGCGACGCUGCACUCCGAGAGAACGCCGAUCUCCGAUCGUGUGUCGAAAGUGCGCAACAGGUGAUCCGGGCCCAAGACGCCCAAUUCCUCGACGUCCAGAACGCCUACGCUAUGUUGCGUCACGCCAGCGAUCGAUCCAGCGAGGAUCUCCAGAAUGUGGCUGACACGUUGUCCCGCGUAGCUCGGUGGAUCGGGCUUCGUCAGUGCGCGCCGAUCACGCCUGGCCGUCGCAGCUGCAGUCGCUCAGGAUCUCCGGACUCUACCGGGCACAUCCACAAGCGUGCCCGAUCGGCGCCUCCGAGUCGGUCGCCCGUUCGGUCUCCCUCGCCGUCCUUCUCGUUACACGGUAAUGAUGAGGAACUUCCUGCUGAAGAUCAGCAUCGCCAGGCCUUUUGGGAAACCACUCAUUAUCUCCCGAUCACGGCCGCACAGCGUCGGGACCCGAUCGUUGAGCAAUACCAUCGCGAUCGUCGAGCCCGACGGAUCCGCCUCGGUGAUCGGUGGCGCCGGCUCUUCGACGCGAUGCUGCCCAUGAUGCGAAAGAUGUGGGCAGACGUCGAUCUGAUGCUGGACCUGUUCUUCUUGCAGAUCCCGGUGCGACAACGGGACGCUGUGACCUGGUACCCCGCCCUGAUCGAGGCCGACACCCAUGACCCCUGGCGGAACCAGUAUCGCGAUCACCGCCAGGACCAUCCAGCUCAACGGAUCCCGCGCCUCCGCAACAAGUUCAACCCCAACGUCGGCGCCCAGUACCAGCCAUGA